AUGAAUCCCUCCAUUCGACGGACUCUCCCGUCAUCCACCCGCUCGGUUGUUUUCCAAUGGGCUUCAAAAUGCUCCUCUCGACAGUUCUCUCAGUCGAGUUGCAGAGCUGUAGUCAAGGCUCCUCUUGUCAUGAAACCCAAAGUCCCUGCUCAGAUGAGCUCGAAGACCCGUAUGGACGAGACCAUGCGCGGAAUAGCCAGAAAUAUGGUGCCAGAUGACCUUGGCUUGCUACCCGGUACAUUCGUCCGACCAGUAUGGAAGAACCUUCCGUCGAUAUUCCUGGAGCCGAAGAUGAGGUGGCGCAUGGAAUGGAUGUAUUGGAAGUCAAAGGUCCAGAACUUCGUGAGUUUACUCGCAUUUUGCAAAUAUAUAAAUAAGAAGUUGCCCAUGCGGCUCCGGGAAAGGAAACGAAGAGCCAUUGAACUUCACAAGGACAUGUACAAUCAUUUCGCAAGUGGAAGCCUCGGUGCCCUUCAGGAGACGUGUUGUAACGGCCUUUAUCAGACAUUCGCCGCGCGCAUUUCUCGACGACCUCCUACCUCUCCAGUCCUUGUCUGGAAAUUACAUAAAUACCUUAGAUUUCCACAUUCGAUGACCAUAAGCGGUGCCCGCGUCGUGUCUGAUCGUGCCGCUGCUCUGCCUGGUGCAGAUGGUAUGGGAAUCAGACAAGUUAUCGUACGGAUACAAAGUCGACAAUCCCUCAUCACUCCAUCCGCGCUGGUAUCUCAGUUGGGAGAGCAGCAGAUACAGGAGCUAGAAAACCAACAACAGGAAAAGCAGAAAGACUGCACGGAAUAUAUCGUUCUGCAACGAAUGAUGUGGGGUGGGAAAGAUGGCGAUUGGAAGGUUUGGGGCUUGACUGAGGAAACCACUAUUGAAGACCUUGACACGAAUCCAAUGUUCGCUCCGGGAAUAUCGUUGAAAGACCGACUUGAGAUGAUGACGUCGAAAUAA